AUGCUGGUAAAAUGCGAGACGAAGAGCCAGAGAGUGAAGAGCAUCUCGUUCCACCCGAAAAUCAACCUCAUCCUUGCGGGACUGCACAAUGGAAUCAUUCAGCUAUGGGACUACCGUAUCGGGAUCCUAAUCGACAAAUUUGAGGAGCACGAGGGGCCAGUCAGGGGCAUAGACUUCCACGCCGUCCAGCCCCUUUUCGUCAGUGGAGCAGACGAUUACCUAAUAAAGGUGUGGAAUUUGCAUUUAAAAAAAUGUGUAUUCAACCUGACGGGUCAUAUGGACUACAUCAGGAAGGUGCAGUUCCAUUUGACGUACCCAUGGAUUCUAUCCGCUUCUGAUGAUCAGACCAUUAGAAUAUGGAACUGGCAAAGUAGAGUCUGCAUAGCUAUUUUGACAGGACAUAACCACUACGUAAUGUGUGCAGAGUUUCAUCCCACGCAGGACUUAAUCAUUUCCAGCAGUUUGGAUAAGACUCUGCGAGUGUGGGAUAUCAAAUUGCUACGAGAAAAGAACGUCAUUUUGACGAGUGAAAGUGUUAUGAACGACUUGCCCUACGGAUUAGCCAAGGGUGUUUACAACGCAGAUGUGCUAUCCCCAUCUGGAGAUAAUCUAAUGGGUAUGCAUUCCUUCGUGUCGAAUAAUCAGCACCUGCAGCAUCUUCAGCAGCAUCUUCAGCAGCAGCACCUUCAACAGCAGCAACAAAACAGUAAUAACAUGUUCGGCGCGUCUGAUGCCAUUUGCAAGUUCGUAUUGGAGGGUCACGAGAAGGGAGUAAACUGCUGCACCUUCCAUCACAAUCUACCUAUUAUUGCUUCUGGGUCUGAUGAUAAGCUAGUGAAAUUGUGGAGAUAUAAUGACAACAAGUGUUGGGAGCUAGACACCCUGAGAGGUCACUUCAAUAACGUGUCUAGUUUAAUUUUCCACCAAACGAAUGACGAUUUGUUAUUAACGAACAGCGAAGACAGGACAAUUCGUAUAUGGGAUAUCACGAAACGAGCAUGUAUUCAUACCUUUAGGAGAGAGAAUGACCGCUUCUGGAUUUUGUCCUUUAAACCUAACUCCAAUUUAAUUGCUUCGGGUCAUGACUCAGGGAUGGUGAUCUUCAAGUUCGAAAAGGAGAAAUGCCCCUUCGACAAAUAUGGAACUCUCCUGUUGUACGUGAAGGAGAAACGGAUUUUUGCAUACGAUGUCAGGAGCAACAGACACACGUGCUUGUGUCCCGUGAGGAAGAAUGGCAACGCGAUGGUGUCGGGGUACCACAAAUUGGUAUAUAACCAGUUUUGCACCACGCACGUUAUGCUUCUUUUUGUGUACAAGGAGGAGGACCAUCUCUCCUUCGACCUGAUCGUUUGCGACACAGUUCCCGGGAGUGGCAUCGUUGCCGGGAUUGGCAGCGUUGCCGGGGGUGGCAGCGUUCCCGGGAUUGGCAGCAUUCCCGGGAGUGGCAUCGUUCCCGCGAGUGGCAGUCGCGCGGUGAGCGGUUCGCUCUCCAGGGGAGGCAUGCUGGGGAUGAUGUCCUCACCAUCUCCCCCGGCCUCCCCCGCGUCGCCCUCCGCACUGCACUUCUUCAAACCCUGGGCAAAGGGCGCCAGCGCAAAUAGCGCAAAUAUAUCUCCACAAAAAGGUGCCCACUCAUUGAGAAGCCAAGAAGAAUUCAAUCCAGAAAGUGUGAAGUAUCUGAUUAAAAAUAAACACUGUUCUUCUGUUGCAUUUUAUACAAGAAAUAAAUACCUCCUUGUGGAGAAAAAAAGUGGGAACUACAUCCUGAGCAUUCAAAAUAUACCUGAUGAUAAUACCUCCAAAAGAGUGGAAGUACCUUUCAAGGUAGAAGGAGUGUACCCCCUGAAUAACAAUAAGGUUAUUAUCCUUUCGGAUAGUAAAAUAUACCUCUAUGAUAUAAGUGUAAAAAAAUUUCUAAAUGAAAUGAACCAUACAGAUACUUUAAUUUCUGUGGAGAUACUGAAGGAGCACAACAUAGCUUUCGUUUUUAAGUAUAACGUUGUUUUAACUACAAUCGAUUUGGUUCAUCUAUGUACAGUGCAUGAAUACAUUCGAGUCAAAAGUGGAGUCUGGGAUGAGGAAAACAAAAAUGUGUUCAUCUAUAACACACUGAGUCACUUAAAAUACAUACUGAUAAAUGGAGAAAGGGGACUCAUCAAAUGCCUGGAGAAUCCUGUGUACCUCUUCAAAAUAUACAAUAAUAGGUUAUUCUACAUUACAAGGAAACAGGAGGUGGUUAGUGAACCACUGAACGAUACGGAGUAUUUAUUUAAGCUCUCCCUUGCGAACAAUGAUGAGCACAGUGCGUAUCAUUAUUUAGAUAUACAACAUAAGGGAAGCACCUUUGCUAAUGGCACCCACAAUGAGGGGAAGAAAAAACUGUACUUUAGUUAUAACCUAAUCGGGUAUAUUAAAAAAAAAGGAUUUGCAAACUUAGCAGUACAAAUGGUGAAUAACAACCAUACCCUUUUUAAUCUCGCUAUUCAGUUGGGGCAUCUAAAUAAUGCUCUCAAAGCAGCUAAAAAAAUUAACAAGAAACACAUUUGGCAUCUUCUAAGUGUUCAUGCAUUACUACUGGGAAAUUUCGACAUUGCAGAAUAUGCUCUGUUGAGGAUGAAGGCUUAUGACAAGCUCUCCUUUCUGUACCUCUUCAGUGGUAAUAUUGGAAAACUAAAAAAAAUGCAAAGUAUUGCCAUCAUAAGGGGAGACUUAAUCUCCAUUUUUCUGAACUCCUUAUAUUUGGGAGACAUACAACAGAGGAUAAACAUAUUUGUUCAACAGAACCAGGUGAACUUAGCUUGGGCAUGCUCCCAACUGUACGAUAUUCCCAUUAACUUGUCUGAAAAGAACUUCGAUUUUGACAUAAAUGAGUGUACCUACUGCCCGGAGAAGUCUUUUUAUCUGUCCCCACCCAUACCGAUUGUGAGAGUUGACCCCAGCUUAAGGCAGAAGAAGGACUCAUCGACGGAGCAGCCAUCAGAACAGACGAGCGUUGGGAAAGGGGCACAGGGCGCUCCCACCAUGAAGGACUCCCCACCCAAGUGGGGAACGCCCUCCGUGUGGAAUGGGUCGUACAACUGGCCCGUCAUCAACCUCGAGAAGACGUUCCAGCCUAGAGCCGACCCGAGUGCCUCCGCGCCCCAGGCGCCCAAGAAGAGGAGCGCGGCCAAGUCAGAGCAAAAAAGCAACGCGUCGGACGAAGACGACGUGUGGAAGGACGAGGUGAACGACGAGGAUAUCAUAAACAUCGACUUGGACCUGGAAGACCACAAAGAUCUCCUAAGCAAAAGCGCAGGCACCCCUAUGAAGAGCACCAAAAUCGAGAGAGUAGACAAUCUAUACGAAGUUAUGGCCAAAAAAUACGGAAGAAUUAUGGACCACAUAAGGACAGGAAACAUAACCAAUGCACUUAACUUAAUUUCCAAAAAAUAUGGCAUCGUGGAUAUGAAGCCAUUAAAAAUAAUUAUAAAAAAUGUGUACAUUUCGACAUAUGCCUAUCUGACCCCCAUCCAGAAUUUCGUUCCCUUGAAAUUCCCAAUAAACACAAAUGAGGGGACAAUAAAUACGAACAUGUACAUCAAUCAACACUUCCUUUUUAAUCAAAUUAAGAAAGCACACAAAUUAGUUACUUUGGGUAAAUUUUCUUCAGCUUUGAGUCUCUUUAGGAACACCCUCUACAGUAUGAUAUUUGCAACAUCUUCUGAUAAGGACACUGAACUGAAUGAAUAUUUGCAUGUGUGUACUAGCUACAUCUUAGCUAUGAGAUUAGAGGAGGAGAGGAAUGCCACUGCUACGGAGGACCCAAGGAGGAGCUUAGAGUUGAUGGCUUACUUCACUUGCUGUCCGAUGCAGAACUCGCACUUAUACUUGGUCCUCAGGAGAGGCAUGGGCCUCGCUUGGAAGGCGCAAAACUACGUCACGGCUGGAUCGUUCGCCAAACGGCUGAUAAACGGAAACUACGAGAGCAUCAAAGGAUCCGAGGAAGAGAUCGUUAAGGCGAAGAAAAUUUUGCUCAUGUGCGAACAGAAAAGUACAGAACAGCACAGCAUUGACUACGACCCGAACGACUACCACAAUAUAAGAGUAUGCAGCGUCAGCUUAACGAGGAUCAAGCCGAAUGAAGAAACUGUGAGCUGCCCGUUUUGCCAGUCCGUGUCGAAGCGAGAGUAUACGUCCAAGAUGUGCCCGAACUGUUUGAUUGCCCAGCUGGGCAAAAAGGCCCUCGGAUUUGACUUCCUAAACAAGAACGCAUAA